CAUUUGCUUCCCCCCGUUAACGUGGUCCCUUUUCCUUCGCGAAAAGCUCGAUUUUUCUCACGAGAAUUCCGCUUCCCGGAAGACCACUUCAGUCUCAUCUCUCUCUCUCUCCGUGUGGCUCCCAAGAAUUUGGAGUUCAAGAAAACGGGGGAUUUCGAGGGUUGGAGGGGGAUUUGCUGAAGGGAAGUAAGUGGGAGGGGAAGGCGAUGGGGAUGCGCGAAGUUGGGGAGGGGAAGGGAUGGUGGAAGGGGAUGAGGGUGUUUACGCCGGAGUACUACGCGGUGUGUGCGGUCGGUGGGAUGCUGAGCGCCGGCACGACACAUCUCGCCAUCACGCCGCUUGAUGUCUUGAAGGUUAACAUGCAGGUGAACCCUGUGAAGUAUAAUAGCAUUUUCUCGGGUUUGAAUAUCCUUGUAAAGGAACAUGGACCUUCAUCCCUUUGGAGAGGCUGGGCUGGAAAAUUUUUUGGAUAUGGUGUUCAAGGUGGCUGCAAGUUUGGGCUCUAUGAAUAUUUCAAAAAGAUGUAUUCUGACAUAUUAGUAGGAUAUAAUAGAAGUAUUAUCUUCUUUAUUAGCAGUGCAUCUGCUCAAGUAAUAGCAGAUGUUGCCCUUUGUCCUUUUGAAGCAGUCAAAGUUCGUGUUCAGGCACAACCCAAGUUUGCAAAGGGUUUGAUUGAUGGUUUUCCAAGGCUUUUUGCCUCUGAAGGCUUAUCUGGCUUUUACAGAGGACUUUUACCACUUUGGGGCAGGAAUCUUCCAUUUUCUAUCCUUAUGUUUUCAUCAUUUGAGCACACUGUAGACAUAUUAUACCGUAAUGUUAUCCAAAAGAAAAGGGAGGACUGUUCUAGAGCUCAACAACUUGGGGUCACUUGUAUAGCUGGUUACACAUCUGGGGCCAUUGGCACCCUUGUUUCAAACCCUGCAGAUAACAUUGUUGCUUCUCUUUACAAUAAGAAGGCUACCAGUGUCCUGCAGGCUGUGAAGAGCAUAGGAGUUCUGAAUUUGUUUACAAGAAGCCUUCCUAUACGUUUCACGCUUGUAGGACCUGUUAUUACGAUGCAGUGGUUCUUCUAUGAUACGAUUAAGGUGUUAUCUGGAUUGCCAACAAGUGGAGGUCUUGCAAGUGAUGUGGAGGAAAUCAACAGUGUAAGUUGAUGUCCUGACUCCAAGCAAUGGUGAUAGAUUCUUUUUGAAAGUCAGACAUGAGGGGGGUACUACCUCCAUCCUUCCAUUUUCGCUGAAUGGGGGAAGUGACUCAUAUUUGAUCAAUCGACUCUUCAGUCGUUGGGCAGCCUCCCUGAGAUGAUUUAGAUUAAUUGUUGGAUCUCCUGCUACCGGUCUGCCUAAACUGACAUGCUGACCAUGCAAAAUAUUUUUUUGGGGGGCACACCUGUCUCUUUUCAUUUUGAACGUGUGGUGCUUUUUAGUAACUAUUAUCUCAGCGACUUAUCACAGAUUCUGAUAUACAACACUUGUUUACAGUGGUUUAUGUCAUUUAUACACGUGAUCAAUUUAAAUUUUUUGUCAUGAAUAGCACGUUGAACUCAUCAAUAUGUAUAUUUGUUCUUGGACACCAUGUUCAGAAUAUUAACCUGUUUUUGUUCUGGCUUGGAGCUGCAAUUGAUGUAAUAAUUGACACAAUUGUUCUUUCUUUGGUGUAACCAAAGGUUGCGAUUGUGGGAU